GUGCAGGAACUUGCUUAUCCGUUUAAAUUUGAGCAGUACAACUCAUAGGAGGAUCAAGGUGCUUGUGGGGAUAAGACUCAGACUGAUCAACCCAACGUUGGUUGAGAUGGAAUAAAAUUUGUUUACUCUUACAUUAGUCUUGGUGAGAAAUUUUGAUGUGUUUUUGGGGUUGACUGUGGGUUUUUUUUCCCUUGUAUCAGUGAGUUAGGAGUGGAGCUAAUGGAUGUGUUCUGCAUGUUCAGUCAUGAGAUUUUUCAUCUGUUUACCUUGCUGUUCUAGAUCAGUGUUUCUUUUCUUGGAUUAAACUCUAAUCAUCUCUGCUUUUUUUUUGGCAGAAUAACAAUUUAUGGCAUUUUGUUUAUCUCAGUUGGGCAAGUCUGCUUCUUUCAUGCUUUGCAAGCAGUUUAUUGUGCAUCUAAAGCUUUUUAUUUUCUCACCUCUGUGGAUGGGUUAGCAUUACACAAAAGCUAGUGAGACUGAGGUGUUGAUCUGCAGCAUGCUAUGUUCAGAGCGGCCAGAAACAUCUAUGAGAGCAUUCUCCACUGGGAGAACAUCGAGAAGGAGCAACCACCCUGAAAAGCAUGCUCAUGUGCCAGGCUGGGUCAAGCCUGGUCCAAGUAUGAAUGCCCUGUGGUGGACAGGGACCCAGCCUUAUCCACUGGAGCCUUCUUAUGGGCCUACCGCACCCAGGUCUAUUGCCUAAUGCCAAAGCCACCUCAUGGAUUCACAUUGGAUUAAGCUCCUGUUGUGUAGAUGUGUGUUGAAAGCAGGACUCGUGAGCCUUAUUCCUGCUUGGGACUGAUAGCAGAGGUUAUCCAGGUAGGCAGAAACACUCCUGUGUGCAGGCUGUACUCCAUCAGUGUGCAGGCAUGCAGCAAUUCAGGAUAGCAAAGGAGGGGAAAAGCCUUGUGGAAUGCAGUCCAUGAGCAGGAGAAGGUAUAAUUAAAAUGUGCAGAACUGGCUUGUGUUUUUUCCCUUAACAUGUGAAGUGGUUAGGUUGAAUCCAGCAGAUCCCUCGGGAGUGGAGCAUAGAGGGAGAAUUUGAGCGGGCUAGAGUUACUGGAGUUUGUCAGGAGAUUUUUGGCUGUAAAAUACAAAAAAAAUAUGAAAUGGUUUUGUUGUUUGGAGCUCAUAGUUGCAGAAGCUGUUGCUGGUGUGAAGUGUGUAGCUCUACUUCAGUCAGAGUCAGGAUGUUGCUGUGUCUGUGCCUUAUUGAACCAGGCACUGCUUCUGGUUCUAGUAUGUUUGGCUCUGCCUCUGGAGAUCCAACUAGUCCUACUAGUUCCCAGCUGCCUGUGCCCAAGGAAGCUGAACAGCAUUUGGACCUGUGGAGUGACAUUUAGUGUGAGAAAUGAGUGUGACAGAUAUGUCUUAGAAACCUGCAAACACUUCAUGUAAAAAGUAUGAUAGUUCCCAUUAUGCAUACCUACUUCUUUGAAAAGAUGGAGAUGGGCAUUUAUAGCAGUGUAGUGGCAGGAGUAAUGAAGGGUUCUCCUGUUACAGGAGACCACAGCUUACUUGCCCUUUCUGCCUGUCUUCUCUAUGCCUGUGCUUCAUCAGCUUUGUUUCUGCUCCACACAACUGCACGGAGCUUCAGCCAGUGUCACAUGCCUGGUGCAGGGCUGGUGGCUUUCGCUGCUUCAGAAGGUUGUGUACAGGGAAGGCUGGCUGAGGAGCCGUCAAGCAUGCCCCAUAGACUCCCCAGAGCCUGUCAGCAAAGGCUUCUCGCUGCAGUCACCAGUGGAGAACAUCAUCCAUUAUCUCUGUGCCUUAUCACUUUAUAACAUCGGCAGUAGCUGUUCUCAUGGUUCCUCUUCUGGAUGCAGUGCACAGAGGACCAGCGAAGGAACACAAGCAAAACAGGGGAUGGUCCUCAGACCCUGAGCCCUGGAGUAGCAUCCUGAAUGCUGACUGUCCUCCUGGAAGUAACACAAGAUUGCAUUUCUAUGGGAAAGAAAGAUCACGUCUUCCACAAUACGUCAUUCUUCAUUUUACUCACCUCUGUUUUGCUGUAUUUCAUUGAUCUGCUCUGACAGAUACCACAUCUGUCUUGAAAACUGUACCUUUGCAUGCACAAUGAUGCCCAUGGGUAAUAGGAAACCAGGGUUUCAAAAGAAAACCUGAUUCCAUUGCUAGAUAAUAGCAGUUUCCUAAAUAAAUGUGUGGUUGCCCCAGGGGCUGCAGUUGUUGCCAGAUGCACUUUUUCUUGAUUGGUGAGAGCAGCAGAUGACGCUUCGUGGCAUAUAAGCGUGAGAGAAAACACGGGAGCCCAGAUAAGCCGAGUGAGCUGCCUGGACUGAGGAACUGAGAAGGUGCUUCAAGCAGCUGUGUGCCAUGGCAUUUGGAAUGCUCAUCUAUAUUUUGCUGAAAGUAAGCAUCUAUUUGCAUUACACAGCAAUGGGGGCACUGAGUGAAGAGUCAGCUCUUACUGUUUCAUCCCUUAGCACGGACUUAUGGAAUAACUGGACAAAAAACAAUGCUGAAGCAGACUACACUGAGCAACCAAAGCUCAUGAAGCUUAUGCAGACUUGUCUUGAAGAACACCACAGCUAUUGUAUAAAUGGGCUCUGUGCUUUCCACAGCGAGUUGAGGAAACCCAUAUGCAAGUGCCUCGCAGGUUAUAAUGGUGAGAGGUGCGAACAUUUAACACUAAAUUCGUAUGCACACAAUUCUUACGAACGCUAUAUUGCUGUGGGAAUUGGUGUGGGAAUACUGACGAGUGGGAUACUUGCUAUCAUCUACUGCUACGUAAGAAAGAGAUGCAGAAAAUUGAAAUCCCCUUACAGUGUCUGCAUGGGCGAGACAGCGUUGUGAAGACAUAGCAUUGGGACAAUUCCCAAUUUGCCUGUAAAGGAGAGGAAGUCCUGCUGGGAAGGCCGCCAUGUGCCAUCUGGCAGAUACCACAGCCUUGCUGAUGGGAGGGCAUGAAGGGAAUGACAGGACAAGUACAUGAAAGGAACUCCUACAGGACUGAUGGGCGCCGUUCACAUGUGAAGAAAGACUUCCUCCUUCGUAGAGGUUGCUAGAUGACCAGGUCCAAAAAGCUAAGGAUACUCGCAGCCCUCAACGAUCUUCUGUGGGUGGUAUUUACUGAGGCGAGGACUUCCUGGUUUUAGCUGUUUUCAGUCAUUUCAAGCUCUGGUACAGUGUUCUGCUCUUGCCUUUUCUGUUUGUUUGGUUUCUUGUUUGUUGGUUUUUUUUUUUUUAGUCCCCUUCUUUUCUCCUCCUGUGGAGGAAAAGCACAAUCCUUCUCACAGUGGAGAUGGAUUCUGAACCUCAUAUGCUGACAAGACACCGUUUGGGUUCUGAUUUCAGUGUCUGCUGCCUAUGUGUGUGGAUAAACAGGCCCUUUUCCAGCACAGCAGAUACCUUUAGUGGGCUGAACAAAAUUUAGGCUUCUGUUGCCAUCAAGGACAGAACCAUAAAAUGCUUCGGACUGAGCAAAAUGGAUGGUUCUCAAAAGCUCACUUCAAUUUAGGAAUAAAGAUUAAGCACUUUUGAGAAAAUCAUGUCAUGACACCUCUGGGCAUGGCAAGUUCUUACUGUUUUCACAAGCAGAGGAUUUGGGCAUCCUUGUCAAAAUGGAUUAUUGAGGGUGCUCAUAGCAAAGAACUUUACUGUUUCCUAACAUCAUGUAGCAGUUCAUCACAUCUUCAGGCAGAACAUAACUUUGCUGCACGCUGAUUUCAGCACAAGACUUCAGCUGGUAGAGAAGCUUUAAUGUUGUUGUUUAAUUUCAGUAUGGCUUUGCCCAGGAAACAGAUUCUCUUCCUUCUGUUCUCACACUAUGGGCACAAUGUGACCACUCAAAUAAGAAACAAAUGGGGAUUUUCUUCAACCCUGGACAAAGAGAUUACCCAUAAGAUGCUUAAUUUUCCGAGUCUUGUCUACGAAGAAUUGCAAAGCUAACGAGAUUUUUUUUUUGAGGACAAAGGAAGAAAAUUGGUUCUGAGACUGGGACUGUUUGUGUCUUCUCACUGACAGUUGGAGUUUUUGCCAAGUGCUGAUGAAACUGGGAGAUGGGUCUAAGAGAUGUUCAUUUCAGCUGUUGCAUAUUGUAGAUGCACCUGCUGUGCUUAGUCAUCUGUUAGAAAAAGACAGGUACUUUGUGAUUGUAUGGGAUGAUACAGGCUCCUAAAUUGAGAUGCCCUGCUGGAAUGCUCAAUCUCUUUGUAACGUGAGUUAAUUUUCACAACAGGAUGCAUGUCACGUGUUAAAAAAACCCUGUGUAUUUGUGAGACUACAAUGAUAAUGCUGAAAUGUGUAUGAAAGGCUGGGGUUUGAAAGGCACUUGAGUGGCCUGAAGUUCAGUGGGCUGCUUAUGAGGGGGAUCUGGUCAGUAGCUGAGUCAUCUUGGUUCUCCAUUUGAUACCAAUAAAUAAAACAACACAUCA